UCACGGGGCCAGUUUCCUAGGAUUGCUGCGGGAGUCGGAGGCAGCAGGGCGGGGAGAGUGUGGCCCAGGCUACCGGAGCGGACACCUAUCAUCUGGAGACAACCGGCACGGCUGGGUUUGGGACGUGCGCUUCACUUCCUUUCUUUCUUUUGGGGAUUUAAAAAAAAAAAAAAAACAGAAACAAAGAUAAUUUCCAUAAAACAGGCCACGGGAGUUCACGCACAAACGAGAGUGCUCAGAGCGGUGCGAUGGAGGACGGGAAGCCGGUGUGGGCGCCCCACCCAGCGGACGGGUUCCAGCUGGGAACUAUAGUGGACAUCGGGUCCGACAGCCUCACCAUCGAACCUCUCAAACAGAAAGGAAAGACAUUUUUGGCUGCUAUCAACCAAGUCUUCCCCGCUGAGGAUGACGUCAACAAACAUGUGGAGGACAACUGUUCUCUGAUGUACUUGAACGAAGCCACGCUGCUCAACAACGUUCGCGUGAGAUACAGCAAAGACAAGAUUUAUACGUUUGUAGCCAACAUCCUGAUCGCGGUGAACCCGUACUAUGACAUCCCAAAGCUUUACUCGCCAGAGACCAUCAGCCAGUACCGGGGCCGCUCGCUGGGCACGCUGCCGCCGCACGUCUACGCCAUCGGUGAGUCAGCACAAAACGGACAUGAAGUGCUAAAGAUGAGCCAGUCCAUCAUCGUCUCGGGGGAGUCCGGAGCCGGGAAGACCGAAAACACCAAGUUUGUGCUCAAAUACUUGACAACCUCAUACGGAACAGGUCAGGACAUUGACGAGAGAAUAGUGGAAGCGAACCCGUUGCUGGAGGCUUUCGGAAACGCAAAAACCGUCCGGAACAACAACAGCAGUCGCUUCGGAAAGUUUGUGGAAAUCCACUUUAAUGAGAAGAAUGCCGUGGUGGGCGGCUUCGUGUCGCACUACCUGCUGGAGAAGUCGAGGAUCUGCCGACAGAGCAAAGAGGAGAGGAACUACCACAUCUUCUACCGGCUGUGUGCCGGAGCCACCGAGGACAUCCGGCAGAAGUUUCACCUCAGCUCCCCGGACACGUUCAGGUACCUGAACCGAGGAUGCACUCGCUACUUUGCCUCCAAAGAUACAGACAAACAGAUCCUGCAGAAUCGCAAGAGCACAGAGCACACCAAGUCGGGCCCUCUGAAGGACCCGCUGCUGGACGACCAGGGCGACUUCAACCGGAUGUCCGUGGCCAUGAAGAAGAUCGGCCUGGACGACACGGAGAAGCUGGACCUUUUCCGAGUGGUGGCCGGCGUGCUGCACCUCGGCAACAUCGACUUCGAGGAGGCCGGGAGCACUUCAGGGGGCUGCGCCAUCAAGAACCAGUCGAGUCAGACGCUGGAGCACUGUGCCGAGCUGCUGGGCCUGGAGGAGGAAGACCUGAGAGUCAGCCUCACCUCCAGGGUCAUGCUCACGUCAGCAGGGGGCGCCAAAGGAACGGUCAUCAAGGUGCCACUCAAAGUGGAGCAGGCUAACAACGCUCGGGACGCCCUGGCGAAGGCCGUGUACAGCCGCCUCUUCGACCAUGUGGUGACCAGAGUCAACCAGUGCUUCCCCUUCGACUCCUCCGCCAACUUCAUCGGCGUCCUGGACAUCGCUGGCUUCGAGUACUUCGAACACAACAGCUUCGAGCAGUUCUGCAUCAACUACUGUAACGAGAAACUGCAGCAGUUCUUCAAUGAGCGGAUACUGAAAGAGGAGCAAGAGCUGUACCAGAGGGAGGGGCUCGGAGUCAACGAGGUCCACUAUGUUGACAAUCAGGACUGCAUAGACCUGGUGGAGGCGAAGGUGCUCGGCAUCCUCGACAUCCUGGACGAAGAAAACCGACUACCUCAACCCAGCGACCAGCACUUCACCGACACCGUUCACAACAAACACAAGGACCACUUCCGCCUCACCGUUCCCAGGAAGUCUAAGCUGGCGGUCCACAGGAACGUGAGGGAUGAUGAAGGAUUUAUUAUCAGACACUUUGCAGGAGCCGUGUGCUAUGAAACGACCAAGUUUGUGGAGAAGAACAACGACGCGCUGCACAUGUCUCUGGAGAGUCUGGUCAGUGAGUCCAAGGACCACUUCGUCCGCGAGCUCUUCGAAACCUCCAGCAACAGCAAAGACAUGAAGCAGAAGGCGGGAAAACUGGGCUUCAUCAGUGUCGGCAACAAGUUUAAGACCCAGCUGAAUAUUCUCCUGGAGAAGCUCCGCAGCACGGGCUCCAGUUUCAUCCGCUGCAUUAAGCCAAACCUGAAGAUGAUCAGCCACCAGUUUGAAGGCGCUCAGAUUCUCUCCCAGCUGCAGUGCUCCGGUAUGGUGUCAGUGCUGGACCUGAUGCAGGGCGGCUUCCCGUCCAGGGCUCCCUUCCACGAACUCUACAACAUGUACCAGCAGUAUAUGCCGCCCAAACUCACCCGCCUUGACCCGCGCCUCUUCUGCAAGGCUUUAUUCAAAGCUCUGGGGCUGAAUGAGAAUGACUACAAGUUCGGACUGACCAGAGUGUUUUUCCGGCCUGGGAAGUUCAAAGAGUUUGACCAGAUCAUGAAAUCGGACCCGGACCACCUGGCAGAGCUGGUGAAGAAGGUCAACAAGUGGCUCAUCCACAGCCGCUGGAAGAAGGUCCAGUGGUGCGCUCUGUCCGUCAUCAAACUGAAGAACAAGAUCUUGUACCGGACCAGGGCCUGCAUCCAGAUGCAGAAGACGGUUCGGAUGUGGCUCUGCAGGAAGAAGCACAAGCCUCGGUGUCACGGCUUGGGAAGGUGCGACCUAAAGAUGAGGUGGACCCUUCCCGGGUGGGGGCCCGGGGCGAAGAGGGAAACAGGAGAUGAGCAAGCAGACCCAAUCAGCACCAUGAUGACCCGCAUCGAGAUAGACCACGAGUACCGGGCGCUGGUGACUCGGUCGGAGCAGCUGCUGACCGCCAUGCAGAACAAGAAGAAGGAGGAGGAGGAGAGAGAGAGGCUGCGGCGCAUCCAGGAGGAGAUGGAGAGAGAGAAGAAGAGGAGGGAGGAGGAGGAGCAGCGCCGUCUGCAGGAGGAGGACGAAAGGCGGCUGAAAGCAGAGAUGGAGCUGAAGAGGAAGCAUGAUGAGGAGGAGAGGAAGAAGAGGGAGGAGGAGGAGAGGAUGAUGCAGGUGGAGAUGGAGCUGCAGCUGCAGGCGGAGCGGGAGCAGGAGGCGUCCCGGCAGACCAUCCUGGAGCAGGAGAGGCGGGACCGGGAGCUGGCGCUCAGGAUCGCUCAGAGUGAGUCGGAGCUCAUCCCUGAGGAGGGUCAGAUCGACGCGGGCCUACGCAGUAAUGGCUCCUCAGUUCCAUCAUCCCCAGAGAGAGCAGCCACGGCGGGAACCACAGUACUCAAGAGCUUGACCAUGGAAGAAAUGGCGAAGGAAAUGACUGAACUUCUGUCUAGAGGUCCACAGGUUCAGGCCUCCAAGGCCGCUGCCGGCGCCAAGAAGUACGAGCUGAGCAAGUGGAAGUACGCUGAGCUGCGGGACGCCAUCAAUACCUCAUGUGACAUCGAGCUGCUGGCCGCCUGCAGAGAGGAGUUCCACCGCCGGCUCAAAGUUUACCACGCCUGGAAGUCAAAGAACAAGAAGAGGAACACUGAGACGGAGCCGCAGCGAGCGCCGAAAUCUGUCACCGACUACGAUCAUGCACCUCCUGUGACAAAAGCAUCGCAGCAGAACCCGGCCCCGCCCAUCCCGGCCCGGCAGUAUGAGGUGGCCAUGAACCGGCAGCAGCGCUACUUCCGCAUCCCGUUCAUCCGGCCGGGCGAUCAGUACAAAGACCCCCAGAACAAGAAGAAGGGCUGGUGGUACGCGCACUUCGACGGGCCCUGGAUCGCCCGGCAGAUGGAGCUGCAUCCCGAUAAACAUCCCAUCGUUCUGGUGGCAGGAAAGGACGACAUGGAGAUGUGCGAGCUGAGUCUGGAGGAGACGGGCCUGUCGAGGAAGAGGGGCGCCGAGAUCCUCCCCCGGCAGUUCGAGGAGAUCUGGGAGCGCUGCGGCGGGGUCCAGUACCUCCGCAGCGCCAUCGAGAGCCGGCAGGCUCGCCCCACCUACGCCACGGCCAUGCUGCAGAGCAUGUUCAAGUAGACGGAGCCCAGGAGGAAGAGGGGGGGGGGGGGGUCCGCAUUGCAUCGCAAACAAAGGGACAAACGCACCAGCUACCUACAGUCACACAGACGGCAUCGGAGCGUGCUGCACCAGGUUCUGAACUGCGGGGCAUUCACGCAAACAGCGAUUCGUCUCAACUGUCUUUUUGUUUCUCUUCUGUUGUCGUUUGUCUGUUAUUUAGUUUGUGCCGGCUUUCGGUUCCUCGAAGAAGAAAGGGGGGAGGGAAGCGAGGGCAGGGAGGUUUUGCAUUGAACCCUAUGCAGAAAAAUCAUAGUAAAUUAUCUGGUUGUUUUCCAAUGAAUUCCGUUCUCUAACAUUUUUGCAAGUCUAACUCCGAGGCCUUAAUACUACUUUAACAGGGUUCAAAAUGCCACAAGUAGGACUUUUUGUUUUGUUUUAAAGCUGCCUCCCCAAACGAGAAAACUUAAUUCCUCUGUAAUUAUGCAUUCCUGAUUAUUACACUGAAGUCUUACUGGUGUGUCGCUCCCAUCGUAACAGCUAGCUGUUUAUAUACGUGGUCUUCAUGUGGUUCUUACAGGGCGAGAAACACUUGCACAACGGGCGCUCACCGUGACGCAGCGCUGCACGAGUGACUGCUCUCAGAAUGAAGUCAAAUAUUUGCUAAUACUUUAUUUUUUUUAUUUUUACCGUUUGUCUUUCCAACCGAAUGUAACUCAAGACCUUGUUGAUUUGUUCAUGUAGUGAUUCCUCUUUUCUUCUCAGUGUGUGUGUGAUUAAAUGUGUAAAAGCUAAUCAGAAAGAGGUCCAAAAGAUCGUUUGACAAACAUCACUCCGAACUUUAAGCCCUUGUUGGGUUUCGGUAAUUCAGCUCCGUGAUUAUUUUUUCAUCUUCGUUUUAUUAAGCAAAGCAGGAAAGUGUGAAAUUAUUAUGCAACUCCACGCGGGCUGUUUCAGACCAGAUCAGUGCUGUAAAAUAAAUAUCCCCCAUACAUUCUUUAGUCUAAUUUGAUCUUUUUACACGAGGAAACAUCACUUGCCAAUGCAGUGAUUCCCAAGGCAGUUUCACGUUUUUCAUUAUCCUGAAAACAUAUUAUCAUGAUUCCAGAAAUGUUUGAAAGAAAUCUCACAUCAGAUUGAAAAGCUAUGGAGCGCGUCAUUAACUCUGUACGAUGCACUGGUACUCAGAUGAACUGGAACAUUCAUUCAAACACUGAACAUUUCAUGUGCAGUCAACUGUGAUAUUCCAACUGGAACGUAAAAGUUUAUUUUUGGGAGAACAGUUUUCUACUCGCGCUCUGGCACAAGAAGCAAUAAAUCACGCAAGCUAAGCUAAGAGGGGAAAAUAGAAACAGGCGUCCUUUGAUGUACA